UUUUGGUAUUCGAUGUAUACAUACUCGUACUCACGGGAACAAAACGUAUAUUGUAAUUUAAUAAUAAUAAUAGUUUCUUGUUUUUCCUAGGAGAUAUUGUUAUUGAUAAGCAAAUUAGUCCUAAAGAUUUUCCUUCAGAGUUAUAUAUUACGAAUCAUUUUUUUUAUUAUUAAACAGAAGUUUAACUUAAUUUUGAGUUUGAGUAGGAGAAUGAUCCAUGGUCAGAAAAUGUUGAAGAAGCUGGAGAAGUAAAAACAGCACAUCAGGAAUUGAAACAGAAUAUGAAUCAACUAAAUAACAAAGUGCUGUGCAACUCAAUUUCCUUGAUAUCGUGUGGACCACACGUUUGCCAUUCUCCGAUUCUAUUCUUUGAUGUACUGUGUUAGGCAUGGCUUUCCAGCUCAACUGGAAUACUCCUAUUGUCAAUGGAAGAGAAGUGUUCUUCAGCAAGGAAUCCUUCGACUUUCAUUCUGUAGUUCAUCAUGAUAUGAUACAGAGCUUGAAAAGAAAGUGGCAAUCUAGACAAUGUGGAGAUGUUGACCACAAGGAAUCAGACAUCAAAUCUUGGAGUUCGGAAUCUGACAGUGAAGAGUGUUUGUCAAAUACAAGUGGUUUAGGACAAAAUGUUCAAAAGUCAAGUUCGAAGAAUAAGGACAAGUUACAACAAUGUAAGCCUUAUAAGACACCACAGUUUUCUAGCCUUUCAAAGCAAGAACAUAGAUGUUACUUAGGCCUUCUUCAGAAGUACUCAUCGAAAGUUGUCCAGUGUCCUACUGAAGCUGAAAAAGCUGAGAUAAAAAAACUUGCAGAUCUACACAGUAAAGUUGUUACUGAACAGCAGGAGUUCAGUGAAUACCUUCGGUCAUCUGUCAGACAGUGGAGUAAAAUAUUCUUGUAUAUACAUCCUGAAGCUGAACGAUACGUAAAGGAAUUAAAACGAGCUGAAUUUUUGAGAGCUUAUCGUUACAAUAGAUACCUUGUAACAGACAGGGUGCUCCCAUUUCCAACCAAUCUGGUACAGAAAGUGGCUUUUGAGAAGUUACAAACAAUCUUACAGUUGGGCAGACUUCCUCGGCUUGUGUUACCAUCUUCGGACAGGAAAUGCAUUCUUCCUCUUGAUUAUAGCAAGAUAAUCAAGAGAUUUCCAGUUCCAAACUUUUCCAAUACCAAACAGUACAAUCAAGUACACCCCAGUAAAAAGCUUGUGAAUGAAGACACCAUUGCUGAGAACCUUGCAAGAAAAUAUAAUGCAGACGUUGUACUAUCUUUGAAUGCUCUAAAGACUCUGUUAAGUAACCAGAAACCACAUUUUGAUCAGCAGUGGGAGUUGCCGGUUAUAAUAAAGAACAAAGAAAAUGAUGAUGGGCAGAAGGAAGAGAAGAUAGUCUAUGUGGAUACCCCGAUAAUUUCAGACACGACCUGUUGUAGAGAACUCAACACACUUUUCCAUAACUACUCGUUGAGAGUACAGUUCACCCACUUCAACCUGUCUCGAAUGAGACGAAUGAAAACAGUUACUGAUGGGGAGGUAAACCAGGAUCUUUCUAGGGCUGAAAAUUCAGUUGCUGAUGAUGUUUUUGAUGAUGAAGUUAACAAUAUAUCAAAUCUAGAGACAUUUGGUACAAAUAACGGUGGUGACUUGUGUUAUAAUACUUCCCAUACAGAUUCUCAGGCUUUUGAGAAAAAAAACAAUUUAAUUGAAUUUGGAAGAAAAGACUGUGACUUUGAAGAUUUGUUUGUGAGCCAAAAAGCAAAUGGCAGAAAAGAUGAAGAAGAAAAUAAAAUCUCAAUACCUACACACGUCACUGCUGGUGAAGACAUAGAAAUGAAUCAGAAAAGGCAAGAUAUGGACAGUAAACAACAUGAUGGUGUUGAAACCCAGUUAACUCAAAGCAUAUGCAGUAAUCUGAAUGAAUCUGAUCUACAACAACAAUCACGUGAUGAUGCUACGGGUAUUGAACUGAGUCAGGAAAAUUCAUCGUAUAAUACGGAAGAGUUAGUCCUAAACGCUAAUGAAAAGGAAGGGAAAGGUCAGCUUGAAGUUGAUGAACACAACGUUAUUGAGUUGGUUCCGUGUGUGGACUCGGACUCAGAUGGUUUAAUUAUUGAUUUAGAAAAUAAAGAUGAUAAAGACAGUAGCAACACAGAGCACAAGGUUUGCAGUGUUGGUGAAAACUCUCUCUCUCAAAUUCAGUCAGACUCCGACUCAAACGAACUUGUUAUUGACUUUGAAGAUAGAGACAAAAAUAGCAAUUGCACAGAGAAGAAAGCCAUUCAGAAUAACAGAUCACAAAACAAGGAACAAUCAUCAGAUAAAAUACCAAGUGUUGAAACAAAGACCUGCUUUGUGGAAGAUAACCUACCCAACUCGGGUGAGUCAAAGAAUUCAGGUUCGAAACAUCAUAAAAACUUUGAAGAAGUGGGAUAUUGUCAAACACUUACAAGAAGUGACCUAAAUAGGGUCAAUCGUAAUCCUGUACAAAACCAAAAUCAAGAUUCAGAUAAUCCCGAUAUCAGUUCUAAUACUGACGAACUUCAACUUUCACCAGUUUCUAGACGUCAAGAAAAGUCACCUCCUUCACUCGCAUCUCCUUACAGAAGGGUAACAAGAAGCCAAACCAAAAAAUCUGAAGUUGAUAUCACACCAAAAAUAGAACUCGGAAAGCAGUCUAAGAUAUCACAACCUGGUCAACGGAGUAGUGAGGACAAUAAAGUCAGGAGAGUAAGUGCUAGGCUUAGACGUCAAUCUCAGCGUUUGUCCUCUGCUAGUGAAGAUGAAGGAGCAUUUGUAAGAAGGAGUGGGUUCUCACCGCCAAAGAUUUCUAGGAGUGGAAAAAAACAUUCAUUGUCAGAGAGCAGUAAUAAAAAGUCCACAUUUACAAAUCUUACUAAAACAGAAACGGCUGUAGAUUCUGGAUCUAUGUGCCAGUCAGGAGACAACACCAACUCAAGUUAUCCUGUUGAAGCUAGCAGUUGUGAAGUAGAGAAUCUAGAAAAGCAAACUUACAGCAGCUCAGAAAAUGAUCUGGUGAUUGAGGAAACAGAGAAGAAUGACAAAAAUGACUUUAAAGAAAACAAAAAGUCCUCCAAACAGAAUCUUAAUAUUCAAGGCACACAGUCAGUAGAAAUGAAACCCCAAAAUAAGCAACACGACAAGAAUAACACUAGUCAAUUUGAUUCUUCUUCAAACCAGAGAUUUAACCAAGAACUCAACCGCUCGGCAAGUGCAGGUUUUCAGUUUUCACUAGAAGAUGAAGACCAGACUUUACAGAGUAAUAAUGAAGUCAAACAAAGUACAGAUGUAAAGAAUAACCAAAGAAUUGUUUCAGCUUCCUCCACUCUCGAUGAGAUUUUGACUCUGCAGGAAAGAAUGUUCAAGAAAGAUGGUGAAAAACAAAGUUGUUUGACCGGUACAGUGACAGUAUCCCAAGAAGGAGUGGAAGACCCAAGUGAAUAUCCACCACUAGAGCCAUUUGAAAAUGUAACGUACAGUCUGUGGCAACUUGAAGAUCUUAAACUCCUGUUAAGACGCACCAUGGAUUGUGUUCAGUCUCCUUCUAACAAGCCUGUAAGUCGUUAAAUCACUC